GAGGGGAGCGUUGAACAUUUCCAUUGGACACUCAGGAAGCCCUUUUAUUCAUUGGCCUGCCAACCUCAUCCACGCUUCGUUUUUCCCACCGCGAGCUUCUGGCCGACGCGGCUUUUGUUGGCAUCACAGCAGAACUCGAGCAGAUGGUGAGGUGGACCAGUUGAGCACCAGUGACAAGGACUACCACACGCACAAUCGCGCGUUUGAAAUCAGCUGACUAGCCUUGCUGCGCUGGUCAGCGCCAGGUGAUCCCUGCAUGUUGAGUUGGAGGAGAGCAAGAGAAUCGCGAGCUCAAGGCAGGCUCUUUGUGCGGGUUACCAGAGGUUUUUAGUGUUCUACAGUCAGCAGCGGCAGAAGCACAGAGGACAGAAAAAACGGCUCCUGGAGAGAAUAAAACGUGUCCUCUCUGAAUAUAGACGUCGCUUUCAUCGGAGUCUGUGUGUGUGGAGAGGCAUUCCGCUGGAUGCUAAAACGCUAAGGCUUAUUCUGCUGAAUUCUGAAGUUAAGAGAGAAAAACACGUGAGUGGAGGAAGAGGAUAACCCUGACCAUCCCCUGGCCCCAUUCUGAAACACACUCACACACAUUCACCCGCACUGUGGACCGCAGCUCUACCAGCCACUACCAGCCUGUACAGAGAGGACACUGAUGACCAUUGGUUGUUGAUGUCACAUCCCACACCUACCCUCCAGGCCCUCCUCAGGAACCCGGCCUCUCCUCUAAGAGCAGUGUGACCAGACAGAGAGCAGACAGCAUGACUCUAAGCCCCCUCCCUUGGCCCCCACUGGCAUGGCUGUGUGUAGGGCUGCUGUUGCCCCUGCUGCCCCUGGUGCGGGGCGGGGAGUGCCCGCGGCUGUGCGUGUGUGAGGUGCGCCCCUGGUUCACCCCCCAGUCCACCUACAGGGAGGCGGCCACAGUGGACUGCAACGACCUGCGGCUGACACGCAUCCCCUCCAACCUAUCCUCUGACACCCAGGUGCUGCUGCUCCAGAGCAACUCCAUCGCCCACACCAGCGGGGAGCUAGAAGCCCUGUUCAACCUGACGGAGCUGGACCUAUCCCAGAAUAACUUCAGCAGUGUGGAAGCCGUGGGCCUGGCCAACAUGAACCAGCUCACCACCCUGCACCUGGAGGAGAACCAGAUCAGCCAGCUGCCCGACCACUGCCUGCAGGACCUGAGCAACCUGCAGGAGCUCUACAUCAACCACAACCAGAUCAGCACCAUUUCCCCAGGGGCCUUCUCUGGCCUGCGCAGCCUGCUGCGCCUCCACCUCAACUCCAACAGGCUCCGGGUCAUUGACAGCCGCUGGUUCGAGGCCACGCCCAACCUGGAGAUCCUGAUGAUCGGCGAUAACCCCGUCAUUGGUAUCCUGGACAUGAACUUCAAGCCCCUGGGGAGUCUGAGGAGCCUGGUUCUGGCCGGCAUGGAUCUCACCGACGUUCCCGGGAGUGCUCUGGUGGGUCUGGAUAACCUGGAAAGCCUGUCCUUCUACGACAACAAGCUGGUCCGAGUUCCCCAGCUGGCCCUGCAGAAAGUGCAGAACCUGAAGUUCCUGGACCUGAACAAGAACCCGGUGCACAAGAUCCAGGAGGGGGACUUCAGGAACAUGUUGCAUCUGAAGGAGCUUGGCAUCAACAACAUGGCUGAGCUGGUGUCCAUCGACCGCUACGCCCUGGACAACCUGCCUGAGCUGACCAAGUUGGAGGGCACCAACAACCCCAAGUUGUCCUUUGUCCACCGGACGGCCUUCAGGGACGUGUCCUCAUUGGAGAGCCUAAUGCUCAACAACAACGCCCUCAAUGCCAUCUACCAACGCACCGUGGAGGCGCUGCCCAAUCUGCGCGAGAUCAGCCUGCACAGCAACCCGCUGCGCUGUGACUGCGUCAUCCAGUGGAUGAGCUCAAACAGGACCAGUGUGCGAUUCAUGGAGCCGCGGGCCAUGCUGUGUAGCUCACCGCCUGAGCUCCGGGGCCAGCAGGUCAGGGAGGUGAGGCUACAGGACUCCCCAGAGCAGUGCCUGCCCCUCAUCUCCCACAACACCUUCCCCAGCCACCUGAGCCUAGAGCUGGGCAUGAGUGUCAGCUUGGACUGCCGGGCCAUGGCUGAGCCCGAGCCAGAAAUCUACUGGGUGUCUCCUAUGGGGAGCAAGAUCACGGUGGACAUGGUGUCAGAGCGGUACCACCUGAGCAGUGAGGGCACCCUGCGGCUGUCCCAAGUCCAGGUGGAGGACUCAGGCCGCUACACCUGCGUGGCUCAGAACACAGAGGGGGCCGACACACGCGUCACCACCAUCCGGGUCAACGGCACCCUGCUGGACAGUGUCGAGGUGAUGAAGAUCUACGUCAAGCAGACCGAGUCCCAUUCCAUUCUGGUCUCCUGGAAGAUUAACUCCAACGUCAUGACCUCCAACCUUAAGUGGGCCUCGGCCACCAUGAAGAUUGACAAUCCCCACAUUACCUACACUGCACGCGUGCCCGUCGACGUGCACGAGUACAACCUGACCCACCUGCAGCCGGGCACUGAGUAUGAGGUGUGCCUCACCGUCUCCAACAUCCACCUGCAGACCCACAAGUCGUGCGUCAAUGUGACCACGCGCAGCAACACCUUCGCCCUGGACGUGUCGGACCAGAGGCCUAGCGCCGCCCUGCUAGUCGUCAUGGCCACCAUGCUGGCCUUCCUCAGCCUGGCUACGGUGGGGGUGUACGUUGCACGGCGCUGGAAGAGGAAGAACUACCACCACUCCCUGAAGAAGUACAUGCAGAAGACCUCCUCCAUCCCCCUCAAUGAGCUCUAUCCGCCCCUCAUCAACCUGUGGGAGGUGGACAGUGAGAAGGACAAGGAGGGCGGGGCAGAGAGCAAGCCCUCCCCCGUGGACACCACACGCAGCUACUACAUGUGUUGAGGGGGUCGCCCCUCCCCCAGCACACACAGACACACUUGCAAUGUUGGGGGCAAAAAUCAGAUAGUUGCAAAUGUUUUUAUUUUUUAGCUUUGCUAAUAAGUAGCAGAGUGAUAAGGACAGGAUUUGUAUUAGUAUAGCGUAUCGCCUUUGUUUGACUCUAUUUCUCUUUUAUAGUUUGGACUAUUCCAAGAUGGCAGCUGUGUCUAGCUUCUAGGUUGUCUCAGUUGAGCUGUUUUAUGGUGCGUUUUUGAUAGCACAGCCUUUUGGCUUGUUGCCAUGGACCCACUUUCUUAGUGCCGAUAACGCAGCAACAGGGUCUACUAGUCUAGUUAAAGGUUCCUCUGGCAGUGUUGGUUGAGAUCACAUAGUUUUUUCUCUCUUUUUGUAAAACAGGUAAUCUGUUGUGCACUGAAAUGUAAAGGAGUUUGUAUGGACUUCAUUUAAAAGCUGACUAAGGGGAUUAGACUUGUUAUACUGUCUACUGAAUAACGUUAGCGAUU